AUGGAGUAUGUAUCUUCUGUGAAUCUGCAGGCAGCGGCUUCCGCUGCUGUGCGCGCCGUGAGUUCUCCAGAAAACAGUCUCUCGCGAUCGUCUUCAGAGACUGCGAGCAGGGGAGGUGCCGCUCAGCCUGCUCGGGAGUGUUUGAGAAGCCUUUCUCCAAAGGAGCCCUUCGACGCCUCCAAGAGCAACCUCGAGAAGGAUACUGCGCAGUUUGCGCAUUUGGGGUGGGGACGGCAGUUCGACUGGCACGAAGUAUUUGGAGUUCAUCGCGUCGAUUUGUGUGAGGAAAUGUGGCCCCUGGUGACGUGGGGAAGUCGCACUUCUUGGCUAGUUAGAGAAGACGAAACGCCAUCAACGGAUGCCUCAGCGACUAUGAGGUCGUUCGCGCAGAGCUUCCGAGGCAAGCAGGCUGCAAGAGGGGGGCCAGAUGUGCAUCGAGACAGCCGUGUGGGAGAAGGAGGGGGGGGGCAAGCCGUCUCUUCUUCGGCGCGCCAACUAGACGAAGCGCGCUGCAGAAUCGAGAAAAAGGAAUGUCUCCGUCUGCAUCCCUGCAGCGCUCUCGUUUCAACAAGGGGCCCUUUGGGGGGAGGGGGCACUGGAGAGUCUUGUUGCCGCGAAGGAUCCGCUGAGACGCGAUGUCACCGCUCUCGACUUGAGCACUCGCAUGCAACUUCUUCUCGACAGCCACCACGCGAUGCACGCUUAAAAGGCCUCCCUUCGAUCAAGCGGGAGGAGGCUUGUGAGAGCGCGACGCCUUCGUCUUCUUCUGACGCACCGGGGUCAGAUGCGCACUGCCUCCGCUUAGUUCGCACUGCAGAUCCCCGCCGUUUGAGGCUUUCUUCCGUCUGCUGCAGCGUCGACACGCCGUGGUAUGACUGCCUGGAGGAGCACUUGGCUGUGGGGGCACGCGCCGCCGAAGGGGCGCUAGACAGACUUCAAGGAAGACCUCUCGAGCUGAAAAAGAAGAAGCAGACACUCAAGAAAGCUCCAAGAGUGCCUGGCGUGUGGCUGCGUCUAGCGCGCCAAGCGGAAGCUCUCGAGGAACCAGUGGCAGUUGCAGAAUUUCAACGCAUGUGGCCUCUUUUUGUGCGCCUCCCGGGGCUGCUGGGAUUCUUCGUUGAAGGCUUCCACAUGCCAAUUCCGAGGCAGGCUGAUCUUGAGGCUUGCCUCGACACAGUUGUAGAUCUGGCUGUUGGACGUCUGAAGAGCUCGGAAGGAAACGUUUUCGCAACAGGAGAGAGCUUCGCGACAGACAAGGCUCAAACGCCUACUGCUGAGGGGAGCAGCCUCGGAGUGUCUGCGGAACGUUUCUUGGAGGCAGGGAUUUGCGCGCAAGAAAAAGCGCCUCAACUUGCAGCCAGAGGCGUUUGCCGCGCAAGCCCAGUCACGACCCUCUCUCCAGUGAACCUGCUGCCCUCUACGUCUGCGAGAGGGGAAGACGGUGUGGCUGUCUCUAGUUCUCUGCGCGACGUGGACGAGGACGCUUGGAAGGCGAGCAGCGCUGCCGCGUACGCCUCCUCGCGUGGCGAGACGUCUGCAGAGGCUUCUGCAGUGACGGGGUGGGAAGGGGGGGGGACGGCACUCAGCUCUGCUCGUAUCCAGACUCCCCAGAGCCUUGAGGAGAAAACGCGUUUGACUCCGGAGAAGGCCAAUUCAACGCGCAGCGCUCAGUUAUUCCCCCUUUUAGGAGGCAAGGGGGCACGUGCAGGCUCACAAGACUUGGGGAUAAGCGCGGAGGAGUCGGCAGAAGCGGGCAGACAGAGUGCAGGAGGCCUCUUGCCAUGCUCUUCGGAGACUGCCCUUCUUGGGAACCACCCAGCAGCAAAGGGCUCCCCCGUCGAGUGCGCGUUCAGCAAGGCGCUUCGCAGAAGCCUCCUCCUUCUCCCUCCCGAUCGUAGCGGGAAAGACACUGGAGGCGCCGUGGAAAAGGCCGCAUCAGGAGUCAGCAGAGCCUUAGACGCUUCAGAUCGAGAGGCAUCUCGCGAGGCAGCUUCUUGUCGCAAGCGUUCUCGCGAGAGCGACAGGGGAGGCUGCCGCGCCACAAACGCGUCGUGCAAACUCCCAGAGAGGGGAAACGCUUUGCGGCAGGCUGUCUGCGCUCCGAGCUCCGCUGCCUCUGAGUCGGCUGUCGCUCUCGCCCAGAUGUCGCUGACGAGGCAGCGUGCCGCCUCGCCUCGCAGGAAUCCUAGGUCGUCUCCCCGACGCAGACAGAGCAACUCGCAACACCUGCCCCUGAAGCGGCAGCUGCGGAUGCCUUUCGCAUGCAGCCACAGUCCAGCCUGCGCGAUCCAAAGCCCCGAGAGCUCCCCCGUCACCCGGGGGGCCCUGGGGCCCCUCAUGGAGGCCCCUAAGGGACGACACCUCGAAACGCUGAGCGUCGACGCGAUGCUCCAGCAGCAGCUGCAGAAGGCACAGCGGCGUGUUUCCAGACUGCAGGCUCGCCUGCGUGAGCACUUGCAGAAGCAUUUGCUGCUGCUUUCGCCGCAAGAAGAGCGCCUGAGGAGUUUCUCUCGAGGCGUCGGCGAAGUCAAGCUCGAGGAGCCGUGUCUUGUCGGUGGCCUCUCCAGGAAAGGGUACUUUCUCAGGGCCCCUCGGGGGCCCCUGAGGGGCCCCUCCCUUUCAGAGACGGAGGCGAUGAGAGCGACGCGCGACACGUUGGAGGAGCUCUGCAAGGCCAAAAAGGCCCCUAAAUAUCCUCCUCCUGACAUGCGGCGCAACAGAUGGAGGUGGCUGGAAGCCUCCCCCGAGAGGGCAGCGCCUGGAUCCGAGCGCAGUUUUGCAGAGGCCUCUCUGCAGCUUCCCCUUGCGGAAGGCGAAAGGGGCUGUCUCCGCGCGAAGCUGAGGAGAAGCGCAUGCGCGGAUCGCGCCUCCCCAGCCUCUGCGGUUCGCCAGUCCAACAGCUCUGGAGUGCUGGGGGGCCCCCUGAGACUGGCAACGCUGGACGCUCCCCAUGUCGGCUUGCCUGCGAAGGUUGCCUCCCCACUCCCAGAGAGCGCUGUGGAAUCUGGAUGCUGGCCCCCCGCUGCUGCAGGGAAGUCUCCCCCUCUUGUUGCCGUCGAUCGAGGGCUUGAGACACCAACGACGGAGGCUUUCGCAGCUGGGCUCGCGGCAAACGGGUUGCUUGGCUUGAUCACGCAGACGCAUCCAAAGACAGCAUCUUCCAAGGCACUUCUGGAAGAACGAAUGCUUCAGCAGGAGGGAGGGCAGCUGCAGUCUCAAGGGGCGUUGGAGCUGGAAAGCCGAAAGCCCGCUUUCUCUGGUUGCGGUGCGUUGCCUGGUGCAUCCGAUGCAGCCACAGCAGCAGGAAUGUCGCGCACGACGACUACUUCUGCUGCUGCUGCUACUGUUACAGUUGCGGGGGAGAUAGAACGUCGUGGAACUGGGAAUGCCGUCUCGCCCCCAAUUUUUCCCUUUAUGAACGCCAAGACACCGAUGACGUCAGAACCAGGGGGUGAUUCUCAAGAGGUGAAAGCCGCAGAGGGAGAGGGCCUUAUCGAAUCCCCUAGACACGACGACAACACGCCCGAUGAUGCUUCUCAUGCAGCAGCUUCGGCUGCGCGUGGCGGCUGCGGGGAGUUCGCGAAGAAGGCCGUUGCCGUUGUUGUCGCCGAUUCAGCGGAUACUCAGAGAGCGGCUGCUCACGCCAAGGAUGCGACGGGGACGGAGAAGCCUGGCGCAUCGGAAGCGGUCGUACCGAGGGCGGGAGAAAAAAUCUCAGCUCCCCAUUCUGCAGCAGCGGAGGCGAGCCAAGCUGCAGCUCGUUCUGCAUGUCGCUGCGCUCCGGCUGCUUCUAAUGAACGCUGCAGUCCAUUGCAGUGGUGUCUGCGGACUCGAAGGGCCUCUCUGUUGAAUCGCACGGACGCGAAUGGAGGGGGGGCCCCCCAGGGGCCCCCCUCGUCGAGAAGCGCGCCGUCUCCCGAGAAAACGGGCAAGGGAAAGUCUCUCGUUAUGCGAAGCUUGUCGAGGAUACGGGGUGAAGCUCUGAGAGAGCUUCCCCUGAGAAAGCGUCGGCGGUUGUCUUGCGUGUCAGUGUCAACGAACGAUCCAAAGCAUCCUCCAGCUGCAGUAUCUGGAGCCACUGUUUCUCCUGCGAAAGGCGUGCACGACGAUCUCAAGCGCUCAAAAGGGCCCUGCCAGAGCAGACAGGGAGCCACACUGCGCAAACCGCAUUUACCCGCUGCUGCUGCCGCUGCUGCUAAAGGGGCCUGCGCAUCGACUGCUCCUCCUCCGAUAUGCGCCGUGCAUAGCGCAGGCUCUAGCAGUCCAGAUGCGGAGUAUUUGGAGGAUUUGCUUGGCCGUCUGCGGUUCGUCAUGCACCAGCUGUGGCCAUGGAGGGCUUCACGGACGCACAAUUGGGGUCGAAAACUCGACGGAAAACCCUUCACCCCGGAAAUGGCGGUACAGCGUAGGAUGUCGAUGCAGGCCGUCCUUUCUCCCGCGGUGUGCGUGACAGCGCCAGGCACGCCGUGGAGCCUCGCAGUGUGUUCUGAGGCUGCGUAA